CUCGCUCCUAGUAGCGAUGCCCUUUGUUCUGGACCCCUUGUUCCUUGUGACCGUCUGCCGUCCUUCCGCCCGUUGCCCAUGACAUGUCUCCUUUGGCGCUCACGGCGCAGCCCUGACCGGGCAUGUGCCAGUGGAACGUGCCGAGCAAGACUUGGAAGCCUGAGCAGAGUCCUGAAGUUGACCAAGCCUUUGAGAGGACCCGUUCGGUGUCCAAAACGGACUGUUUUGCUUUUUGCCCGGUUCCCCUUUCAAGUUCCGUUUUUUCUGAAAGCUCCUGCAAAGGGUUCUCCGUAAAAAACAGCUACCAGCUUCAUAUCCCACAUCGUCGCCUUCACCAUCACCACGGUCAGCAUCACCACGUGUAUCAUCAUCAUGAUCGUCAUGAUCAUCAUCAUCAUCAUCAUCAUCACCAUCAGGAUCAUCCGUCAAAACCACAGUGUCUGUGGAAUCUAGGAUUGAUUUCAUUUCGUUCAGUCUUUAUCAUCUGCCAACAUCCGUUAAAACUGUCUCACUUCUACUGUGCUUUCGGGCUACGCAGUCAGGCCGUCCAGUUCCUGUGCAGUCCUAGAAGGGUGGCGAGUGGAGGACAUUGAUAUUUUCUUUGUAAAACUCCCACCUGAUGGUCACCAGCAAGGAAGAAGGUCUCUUCACCACGCCGCUUGGUGCUGCACCCUCGCCGCCGGUACGUGGGCCUCGACCGCAAUGACCCCCUCCACGCGGAGCCCGCGGAGCGCGCGCCGAAAACGAGCGAAGACCACUUUCGGGGUGAGCACCGACGAAGGACAUUUUGGAACGAUUCUGUUGCCAGAAGUAUGCUCCAAACGUGACCUUCAGCAAGUCUUGCAGACUUUUCAGGAACGAAGGCAAUGGAAUUUUGCACUGGCCAUGUUGGAGGCAGUCAGAGAAAAUGGCGCUAUAACUUUGGAUGCGUCCAAUUACACAGUUGGGCUUUCAGCCUGCUCUAGGGCCCAAAGAUGGCAGCAAGCAUUGAAGUUGCUUGAGGCCAUGCCAAGUGCCAACGUAGAGCCAAAUGUCAUCAACUACAAUGGAGCCAUCAGUGCUUGUGAGAAAAGCCGGAAGUGGCAGCAAGCUUUGAUGUUGUUUCAGGCUAUUCCAACUGCACGGUUGUCGCCGGAUGUUAUCAGCUACAACGCAUCCAUCAGUGCUUGCGAGAAGGGUGGACAAUGGCAGCAAGCAUUGGAGCUGUUCAAGGCCAUGCCCAAGACAAAACUACAACCCAAUGUCAUCACCUACAGCGCUGCUAUCAGUGCUUUUGAGAAGGGCGGGCAAUGGCAGGAAGCAAUGAAGUUGUUCGAGACCAUGCCAGAAGAUACAGUACAGCCAAAUGUUGUCAGCUACAGUGCGGCCAUCAGUGCCUGCGAAAAGGGCGGGCAGUGGCAGGAAGCUUUGAAGUUGUUUGAGGCCAUGCCAAGAGCAAAAGUGCAGCCAAAUGUAGUCAGCUACAGCGCGACUAUCAGCGCGUGUGAGAAGGGCGGGCAAUGGCAAGAAGCUUGGAAAUUGUUCGAUGCCAUGCCAGUGGCGAAAGUCCAACCAGAUGUUUUCAGCUACAGUGCCGCCAUCAGUGCUUUUGAGAAGGGCGGGCAGUGGCAGGAAGCAUUGAAGUUGUUUGAGGCCAUACCAAAGGCCAAAGGGCAGCCAAACGUCAUCAGCUGCAGUGCAGCCAUCAGUGCCUGCGAGAAGGGCGGGCAGUGGCAGGAAGCAUUGAAGUUGUUUGAAACAAUGCUGUGUGCGAAUGUGCAGCCAGAUGUCAUCAGCUGCAAUGCAGUCAUCAGUGCCUGCGAGAAGGGCGGGCAGUGGCUUGAAGCAUUGAAGUUGUUUGAGGCCAUGCCAAUGGUGAAAGUGCAGCCAACAGUCAUUAGUUACAAUGCGGCCAUCAGUGCCUGUGAAAAGGGUGGGGAAUGGCAGGAAGCGUUGAAGUUGUUUGAAGCCAUGCCAGGUGCAAAUUUGCAGCCCGAUGUCAUCAGUUGCAAUGCAGCCAUCAGUGCCUGCGAGAAGGGCGGGCAAUGGCAGAAAGCAUGCAAGUUGUUUGAGGCCAUGCCAAUGGCUAGAGUGCAGACAGAUGUUAUUACUUACAAUGCAGCCAUCAGUGCCUGUGAGAAGGGUGGGGAAUGGCAGGAAGCCUUGAAUCUGUUUAAGGCCAUGCCAAAGGCGAAAGUUCAGCCAACCGUCGUUAGUUACAAUGCAGCCAUCAGUGCCUGCGAGAAGGGCGGACAGUUGCGGGAAGCAUUGAAGUUGUUUGAGGCCAUGAGCGCAGCCAAUUUUCAUUUGCUGCAAGGUCGCCGUUGGGGCUGGCAAGAAGAGUGGGCAAUGGCAGGAAGCACAGAAGUUGCUUGACGGCAUCGGUGGCAAAAGUGGAGCCAAGCACUGCAAGCUCUGAUUGACGACCCAGCUAUUCGUCAGAGCAUGAUGCGAAAGAGUGUAUAUAUAUAUAUACACACUGUAUAUGAAGCAAAAGUUGCAAGCGGUCAUUUUGAACAACGUUGUUUCAAAAAUGACCGCCUGCAAAUUUUGUUUGAAGCGCCUCUCCCAGUCUGCAUGUCCAGUCAGCUUCGAACAUUGUGAGACUGUGACACUUGAGAGAUUGACCGACUCACGACAUUCACAGGAGAACUGAUCGACCGACCGACCGUCUUGCAGCAGAUCUUCGGAUCUUCUCAUUUUUGCGAAGGCGAAGAUCUGACACAUUCUCGGAACACAGGCGCUGAGUGUGGAAGGUUAACUUGGCGACGUCUUGGCGAGGUCGGCCCCAUUCGGAUCCGUUGGAAGCCGAGCUGGUCAAACUGACAAGGUUGAUGCAGAGCUGGUUGGAGUUUCGAUCUUGCUCCAUGGCCAGACGGCAGUUUCCAGUGACUUCGACGAUUUGG